AUAUCCAGGCAACAGAAGCUGGGAUUCUUUUUACAAGGCAGCCAUACCUACUAACUCCAAGUCCCACAGGAGAAAUGUGACUCUUAGCGUUCCCAGCUCCUGCGCCAUCCUCCGUGGAUCCUCACAGGGGAUUGGAACACCAUAGUAAAGGCCAAGCAUUGAGAAGAGGACAAAUCCAAGUGACUGAUACCCACCUCCAUGAACUCGGUGUGACUCCAGUCAUGUAAAGUGUGCUCCUGUUUCUGACUGCUGUGGAUAUGGAGACGUUUCUAGGCUGUUCUGUGCUCCUCUGUGUGCCGCUGCUCAGUUCUUUGAUGGGCUUUUUGUAUUGAGUCAACCCUCUAUGUAAGAAGACAUCAUGAUUUUUAUAUUUUACCUGCGGAUGUGAAGAUGUGUUUUCAAUUUUCAUUACUAUGAGUAAGAAUUCCAUGGACAUCUAUCUGUAUAUCUUGGAGACAUCUAAGGCUUAAUGGGGACUUUCCCACACACCAGACUGCGCUGCCCUCCAGUGAAGCUCUGAGUCACUGAUCCAAGUACUGGCGAUAUCUGGAAGCUCAGGACAGGUUCAGCAUCACUAGCCUUUAGUCUAAGCAGCAGCCUAGAACCAGUGUGGCCUCAAACUCCAGCAAGCACUAGAGAUAGCUUCCUCUGUUCAUGGAAAGAGGAAAUGAGAGGAUUUCUAGCCAAUCACAAGGAACUAUCCGCUGCUCCAAAGAGCCCACCUUCCUUAUCCAGCAGGCUGACGUGCCUAGUGAUCCCCAUUCAACCCUCUUGCAGGAAACACAGUGUGGCGGUCUAUCCAAAACUAUAAAGGCCAACACUCAGAGACCGGGGACAGCGAUUCUAUCAAAACGCUCAAGUCGAAUUAUGUUAGAGAGCCAACCUAGACACCCGGUGAUCCCAUCCCGCAGGCCAGGCUUCCGCAUAUGCUACAUUUGUGGCCGAGAAUUUGGGUCCCAGUCACUUGCCAUUCAUGAGCCCCAGUGCUUGGAGAAGUGGCGCAUUGAGAACAGCAAACUACCCAAGCACUUGAGGAGGCCAGAACCCUCCAAACCGCAGCCCAUCGGUAGUGUAGGCAGUGACUCCUUCAAUCUUCAGGCAGCCAACGAGGAGGCAUUUCAGAGUGCGCAGGCUCAGCUGCUACCCUGUGAAAACUGCGGCCGCACCUUCUUGCCAGAUCGUCUCCUGGUUCACCAGAGAAGCUGCAAGCCAAAGGGUGAGAAUCCUGGAACACCAAACAUGGAUAGUUCUAAUGUUUCUACUGGUCUCAAGAAAGCUUCUAGCGGCAUCCCAGCCCGACCAAGGACUCUCAUCUGUUACAUUUGUGGUAGGGAAUUUGGCACGCUGUCCCUUCCUAUCCACGAGCCCAAAUGCUUGGAAAAGUGGAAAAUUGAGAAUGACCGGCUCCCUAGAGAGCUGCGUCGGCCACUGCCCCAGAAGCCUCAACCCCUUCCAACUGGACAGCCCAGCCAAGAGGGGGCGAGUCAAGCCGCGCUUGUACCUUGCCCAAAUUGUGGCCGGACCUUUGCUGUAGACCGCCUACCUGUACACCAGAGAAGUUGUAAAUCUCAACCUAGUGGACCAAAAACUCUCAAUUCAAACCUAGAAAGGAAAGGCGGUCCAAAUGCACCCACUAAUUCCAAGCAACAGAGGAACAUGGAAGCACCCAAUGGGGACAAGCCAACGAUGAUAAGGCGUCCACCAACAGUUGUUUGUUACAUCUGUGGCCGUGAAUAUGGGACCAAAUCUAUUAGCAUCCAUGAACCACAAUGUCUGAAAAAGUGGCAUAAUGAGAACAAUCUGUUGCCUAAAGAACUAAGGAGACCAGAACCCAAAAAACCAGAAGUCAGAACCAUUAAUGCCAAAGGGUUCUAUGAUCUUGACGCCUUAAAUGAAGCUGCUUGGACUAGUGCCCAGAGCCAACUGGUUCCCUGUAACGUUUGCGGGCGGACCUUCCUGCCAGACAGACUAAUUGUUCACCAGCGAUCUUGUAAACCCAAAGCCUCCAAGUAAAGCCCUUCCCUCAGCA